UACUUUUUUUCAGAGAGUCAAGGAAUCCAUAUAGGACAAAAAGAAUACAACACAGUGCUUGAUGAGGUUUUUGACACUAAACAUGAACUCUCGUUUAAACAAACCAAUAGUGGAAAUAAACCUUACAAAUGCAGUAAAUGCGACAAAUGCUUCACCCGCAAAGGAUAUCUUUGGAGUCAUCAGAGAAUUCAUACAGGAGAGAAACCUUACAAGUGUAGUAAGUGUGACAAAUGCUAUACCACGAAAUCCCAGCUUACAGUUCAUCAAAGAAUACAUACAGGAGAGAAACCUUACAAAUGUAGUGAAUGUGACAAAUCCUUUACCCAAAAAGGUUGUCUUAAUGUUCAUCAGAGUUAUCAUGCAGGAAAGAGACCUUACAAAUGUAGUGAAUGUGGGAAAUGCUUCAUUCAAGUUGGUAAACUUAAAAGACAUCAGAGAAUACAUACAGGAGAGAAACCUUACAGAUGUAGUGAAUGUGGCAAAUGCUUUACCCAAAAUGAUGGUCUUAAAAGUCAUCAAAUAAUUCACACAGAAGGGAAACCUUACAAAUGUUCUGAAUGUAUCAAAUCUUUUAGCCGGAAACGCCGUCUUACAAUUCAUCAGAGAAUUCAUAUGGGAGAGAAACCUUAUAAAUGUACUGAAUGUGCCAAAUGCUUUACACACAAAGAAGGUCUUAUUAUUCAUCAUAGAAUUCAUACAGGAGAGAAACCUUACAAAUGUAAUGAAUGUGAAAAAUGCUUUACUGUCAAAAGGGACCUUGGAAUUCAUCAACGAAUUCAUACAGGAGUUAAACCUUACAAAUGUAGUGAAUGUGAAAAAUGCUUUACUUUCGCAAGUAACCUUGAAAUUCAUCAACGAAUUCAUACAGGAGUUAAACCUUACAAAUGUAGUGAAUGUAUGAAAUCUUUUACACGGAAAGGCAGUCUUAGAAAACAUCAGAAAAUUCAUACAGGAGAGAAACCUUACAAAUGUAGUGAAUGUAAUAAAUGUUUCACCCAGAAAGACAGUCUUAGAAGACAUCAGAAAAUUCAUACAGGAGAGAAACCUUACAAAUGUAGUGAAUGUGACAAAUGCUUCGCCCAGAAAGGAGAUCUUAGAAAUCAUCAUAGAAUUCAUACAGGAGAGAAACCUUACAAAUGUAAUGAAUGUGAAAAAUGCUUUACUGUCAAAAAGAAACUUGGAAUUCAUCAACGAAUUCAUACUGGAGUUCAACCUUACAAAUGUAGUGAAUGUGAAAAAUGCUUUACUGUCAAAAGGAACCUUGGAAUUCAUCAACAAAUUCAUACAGGAGUUAAACCUUACAAAUGUAGUGAAUGUAUGAAAUCUUUUACACGGAAAGGCAGUCUUAGAAAACAUCAGAUAAUUCAUACAGGAGAGAAACCUUACAAAUGUAGUGAAUGUAACAAGUGUUUCACCCAGAAAACCAGUCUUAGAAGACAUCAGAGAAUUCAUACAGGAGAGAAACCUUACAAAUGUAGUGAAUGUGACAAAUGCUUCACCCAGAAUCGCGAUCUUAGAAAUCAUCAGAGAAUUCAUACAAGAGAGAAACCUUAGAAGUGUAGUGAAUGUGAUAAAUGCUUUAUCCUGAAAAGUGAGCUUAGAAUUCAUCAGCGAAUUCCUAUAGGAGUUAAACUCUACAAUUGUAGCGAAUGUGACAAAUGCUUUACCCAAAAAUGCAGUCUUAGUAUUCAUCAGAGAACACAUGCAGCAGAGAAACUGUAUAAAUAUGGAGAAGCUGAUAAAUGUAAUCUUAACACUCAUCAGAGAAUGCAUAGAGUAGAGAAACAUUACAAAUGAGGUGAAUGAGACAAAUCCUUUACAAAGAAAAAUUAUUUUAUAAGUCAUCAGAGGGUAUAUACAGGAGAGAGAACUUACAAAUGUAGUAAAUGUGUAAAUCCUUCACUGUUGACUUACCUUUUAGAAGUUAUCAGAGAACACAUAGAGGAGAAAAACCAUACAGAAACUAUGUAUAAGGAAAGUUCUUUUCCAGAAUCUCAGGUCUAAAAAAUUAUCUUGAAAUUAAUGGUGGAGAAAACGUUUCCACUUUGCCAAGUGUGGUAUGUGCUGUAUGCAAGUGGUAUUUUUGUGGUACUUCAGGCUCUACACUAGAGAAAUGUUAUGAACAUAAAAAAUUUGUGAAAACCUUUAUUUAAAUGUUCAAAUCUUAUUAACUAUCAAGCACUUAUGCUGAGAGAACCUCUCAAAAUGUGACAAUGAAAGAAAUUUUUCUUUAAAACUCUUUACUUGUUCAUAAUAAAAUCCAAGUGAGGAAUCCAGAAAAAUGUGAUAUAUAUAACAGUUCCUUGGAGACUGAAAUAUCCAUUGCAAAAGGAAUUACCCACUGAUUAAGAUUGGUAUUACUCCUCUCAAAAUAAUGACACCAAUAGCUUUCUGUAUGUCUAAUUCAAAUGAAAAAACUCAGACAAAUUAUACUUCUUAAAAGAGGAUAUUACAAACUAAGCAACCAAAAUAGGACGCUCUUUAUCCUGUACAUGUGCUUAUAGAUAUGCAGUUUCCUCCAAAUGUCCAGUAUUAAUAAUCUGUAUCAUAUGCUGGUUUCAAAUUUCAGGAUAGCAACUAUGUUUAAAUCCUUUGACUUUGACCACUAACUCCUUGUCCGUACUCCUGUAUGUAACUCCAAUAAAUCUCAUUGAGUCAACAA